GACCUUGCUCUGUAAGAAAUAGCUGGCAGUGACUGAAUGCUUUCAUGAUACACCUGACUGCUCUGUUCCUGGUCAAGUGAUAACUUUGUGUGUAAACUGGUUAGUAAACCACAUCACACCUUAUACAUAACAGCAACGAUCCUGGUUAAGCUUCACACACAAAAAAAAGUCCAAGAUUCUAUAGAUGCUUGUGUGUUACCUCUUAAAACUGAUCUGUUUUAUUUCAUGGCUAUUUGUGCUGUUAUAUUCCUGGAGGUUCCUGAAGUUCAAAUUGCCUUGUAACAGUUGUAAGAAACUGGAUGCUUGACUGAGACUGGGUAAUAUUUGAGUCUGACUUUAUUUUCUCUUUUGAUAAUAAAUAAAUUUAAAGAUCCAAGUGAUUUCCUGAUUUCCCUGUAUUUCCUAGGUUAUUUCAUAUGAUUUUUUUCAUAUUAAAGUUUUGAUGUGAGCACUGGAGUAUAUUUAUUGUUCCUUGCAAGGGGGUGCAGUAGAGGAGUAGUUGUAGAGGAGUCUGACAGCUAAAAGAGCCACAGGGAUGUGAGAGGAAUUGGGCUGGGGUUUCUGAGGGUGCUCUGGGAAGUCUGGUUGGCUUCCCAGCACAGAGCAGGGCUGAAGGCUCAGGGCUGAGCUGUGGAUACCAGAACCUGGUGUUAUGGAGCUGCAGGUAGUAAAUGAGUUUGGAGAAGGCCCUGCUGCUGGUAGGUUUGUUUUCUUUGUGAUCAACAAGAAACUUGAAUUUCCCAGUGCCACAGAGACCAGACGUGGCCUUCUUGGAACGUUUCCUCUUCUAGUUGUCACUUUGGUUCACAGAAUCACUUUUUAACCACUUUCUUGCAAGUGCUCUAAUCUGCUCAUAUUCUAUUCCAUGGUGGAUUCCACUGUGGAGUCAUUAGAUAGAGGGAUUAGUAUGUCCAAAAAAAAACCCCACAAGACAAAAGAGGCUCUGUGCACUGAGCUCUUCAUUUUUAUGAAACCUCCUCCUGUUUGCAGUGCUCGUUUGCUGUCAUUUAAUGAAGCUGUCUGUGGUGCUUGCCAUAACACAGCUGCAUUGAGCUUCCAUUUGCAGGAUUAGUGGAGCAGCCAGGAAUUGAAUGCUGUGUUCAUUCAUCUUAAUCUGGUUUGGAUUUCAGAGACUAUAAAAGCUCAACUUGUAUUUUAAAAUAUACAUUCACCAACUUGCCACUUACUUUAAUGAGACCUGCUUGUUUUAUUGAGCAAUCCUCUUUCUUGCACCUCGCAGUCUGGGGCUGCAAGAAGCACAGCUCCUCCCUGAUACAGAGCAGCCAACUUGGACCUGAAAUUUCCUUUUUGCACUGUGGAGGAAGACAAAGUUGGCUUUGCUGGGCAGUGAUCUGUGCAUUUGCUGAAUGCUUCACCCUGAUAGGGAAAUGAUCCAAGAAAUGAUGGAGCUUGCAGCCUGCACGCACAGCCAGCUGCCCUAAUGGGAGCCCCUGAUGGCUUCCAUUGUACACCUGACUCGUGAUUUAUUGAGUAAAUUGUUGUGAUAAACUCAGCAGAAAAUGCUGAAAAGCAAAGUUUGUGUUAAUGAAGCUUAACAGCAAUAUAAAUCGAGAUGCCUUUUGACACAGGCAAUUCCACAUCUCUGCAGCUGUUUUAAAAGGCAGCAGGGCUGUGCUGAGCCCAGGCUUGGCACAGAGGCAGCUCCUGAGGCAGAGGUGAAUCACUUCUCUCAGCUCUGUGCUACUGAAGGGUUCCCAGCUGCCCUUUUGUGUGAUAAAUGCAGUCAACAUUCACAGCAUAGCAAAAUGGAAAUGCAGGCAGAAGUGUUGAGUCUGCUGUCACAGGGCUGUGAUGGCUUGCAGCUGUGCUGCAGAGCUCCUCUGGCAGCAGCUGAAGCAAUAUCCAUUAACGUGUGCAUGAGUUUAAAGCUCAGCUCCUGUUGCCCUGCUUACCUGCUGCUGCUUCUUCUGAGUGCUCAUGCUUGUCCUUGCCUGUUUCUGUAUCCCUCCUGAGCACCUGUGAGUGCCAUACAUCAGCAAGGUGUUUUGUUCCUUUGUAACAUCCUUCACAGGCUGCUUUUUGCUUAAGAGAGCAAAUUGCCACGGAUUGUGGUGUUAAAUUAAGCAUCGCCCAGGUUAACCACAUAUUACCUGUCUGGAUAUUUCCAGUGGUGGAGGCCUCGGUGUGUCUACCAGCACAGAUGGGACCAUGAAGAUCUGGCAGGCUGCAAAUGGAGAAAUAAGAAGACUAUUGGAAGGCCAUGUGUAUGAUGUGAAUUGUUGCAGGUUUUUCCCAUCUGGCCUUGUGGUUCUGAGUGGGGGAAUGGAUGCCCAGCUAAAGAUCUGGUCAGCAGAAGAUGCCAGCUGCGUAGUAACCUUUAAAGGUCACAAAGGAGGUAUUUUGGAUACUGCCAUUGUGGAUCGGGGAAGAAAUGUCCUUUCCUGCUCUAGGGAUGGCACUGUACGCCUCUGGGACUGUGGCAAAUCCUCCUGUCUGGGUGUCAUUGCUGACUGUGGCUCCCCCAUCAACGGCAUCGCUGUGGGCACUGCUGAUGACUCGGUGAACCUGGGCACGCCUGAAAAAGCUCCCAGUGAACGUGAGGUUGGGACGGAAGGGAAAAUCCUGCUGCUGGCUCGAGAAGACAAGAAGCUGCAAGGAGUUGGGCUGCAGAGCAGGCAGAUGGUGUUCCUCUUUGAUGGAUCUGAUGCAUUCAAUUGCUGCACGUUCCUCUCAAGUACCUAUUUCCUAGCAGGGACUCAGGAUGGGAACAUCUAUCAGCUGGAUGUGAGAAACACCAAUGCUCCAAUCCAAGUAAUUCACAGAUCAGGAGCACCAGUGCUUUCUCUGUUCCCGUACAGAGAUGGAUUCAUUGCCAGCCAAGGUGAUGGAACGUGCUUUAUCAUCCAGCAAGACCUCGAUUAUGUCAUCGACCUCACAGAGGCAGACUGUGACCCUGUGUACAAGGUCGCUCCGUGGGAGAAGCAGAUCUACACGUGCUGCAGGGACGGGGUGGUGCGGCGGUACCAGCUGGGCGACCUGUAGGGUUGGGGGCUGUGCACAACGGGGCCGUGAGGGCUGUGAGCAGGGCUGGGGCUGCUUCCGCUGUGUUCAGCUGCUCAGCUUUGUCCAUUACGGCCGAUUUUUAUCUGUCGUGGGGGUGACCGCU